GACACACAACAUGCAUUGCAUCCAGCCUUUAGUUUAUCAGCACUGCCCAGAAACACAGGGUGUGGGGAAUGCAGGACACUGUAUAGAGUAAGAAAACCCCUCCACCAGUUACUCAUUCAUUCAGUCAUUCAUUAGGCCUUGGACCCGGCACAUCUUCUCCUGCAGCCUAAACUGUAAAAGUGUCUGCAAAUAACAUGGAAGGGCCAUUCAAGUAUAUUAGAGAAGGAAAUGGCAAAGUCACUCGGGUUAUUCGCAUGGGAACAAGGAAGAGCCAGCUGGCUCGCAUUCAAACGGACAGUGUGGCUGACACGCUGAAAGAGCUUUAUCCAGAUGUUCAUCUAGAAAUAGUUGCCAUGUCGACAAUCGGGGACAAAAUCCUGGACACUGCAUUAUCAAAGAUUGGCGAAAAGAGCCUCUUUACCAAAGAGCUGGAGAACGCCCUUGAGAGAAAUGAAGUGGAUAUUGUGGUGCACUCUCUUAAGGAUUUACCUACCUCAUUGCCCCCGGGAUUCACUAUUGGAGCCAUUCUUCAGAGGGAAAAUCCCCAUGAUGCAGUGGUGCUUCAUCCAAAGAAUGCUGGACUUACCCUAGACAGCCUGCCAGAGAAGAGCGUGAUUGGCACAAGUUCACUUCGCAGAGCAGCUCAGCUGAAGAAACGAUUCCCUCAACUGGAGUUUGAAAAUAUUAGAGGGAACCUAAACACCCGUCUGAAGAAGCUGGAUGAAAAGGACGACUAUGCUGCCAUUAUUCUGGCUGCAGCAGGCCUCAAACGUAUGGGCUGGGAAAGCCGAAUCAGUCAGAUUCUCAGCCCUGACGAUUGCAUGUAUGCAGUUGGCCAGGGAGCACUUGCAGUGGAAGUCAGAGCACAAGAUAAAGACAUUCUGGAAAUGGUGUCUGUCCUGCACCAUCCAGACACAGUGCUGCGCUGCAUCUCAGAAAGAGCUUUUCUCAAGCAGCUGGAAGGAGGCUGCAGUGUGCCUGUUGCUGUUCAUACUGAAGUGAAAGGGUCCAUGCUGUAUUUGACUGGAGCAGUUUAUAGUUUGGAUGGAGCUGAAUGCUUGAAGGACACAAUGGAGACGGUUGUGGAAAUAGACAACAAAGUGGACGAGAGUGCGCAGGAGUGUGUGCACGUUGGAGUCACUGCCAACAAUAUAUCAUCAUCAGCCCUCGAAGCUGCUGAGAAACUGGGGAUGGAUCUGGCAAAUGCUCUCCUUAAUAAGGGGGCCAAAGACAUUCUCACAACAGCCAGGAAACUAAAUGAUGCUCGAUAGAUGGUUUUGUUUUUUUACAUGUUGUGCACUGGAGUAUUAGACCUAGUUUAGAAACCUCUGACAUGCUGUUAACUUGGAUAAACAGUAUACUCAACCAUAUGCUCUAUAGCUGAAUCUCCAGAGCUUAAAUACAACCUUGAUUGGUUGUACAUAUCAGUCUAAAACCAACUGAGUCACUUCAGAUACUAUACCUCAGUGCCUCAGUUUAACAAUGUGACAGCACACCAAUUUUUCUCUGCUGGUUCAUACAAAAGACACUGACAUUUCUUUUGACUGCCGUCAUCUCUUCUCAGGCACUGAAUUAUGGAAGAGAAUUCAUGCUGAUAUUCUUCCAUUUCUAUUGAUGUCAGGCUGCCGCCUUUAUCUAAUAACCACUUGAAAAUGAGGUGGUCAGAAUGAUAAUACUUACAUCUGAGGAAACUCUUUAAGUGCAGCUACAUCUGGCCAUGGUUUUUAAUGUAGAAUUGAGUACAUUUGAUCUUCAUAUAGUAUUUUAUAUCCUCAGUGAUGCAUUUUAUUAAUGCAGAAUGUUAAUUAAUCACAAUGAGGUGCUAAGACAUUAUUUUUUUGGCUCUACAUAAAAUUCUUGACAAAAUAGACUAUUUAAGAUGUCUGUUACUAAUGGUUUCAAAUUUAGUAUAUUUAUGCUGUGUAGUUUGGAUCCCACAAUGUGCCUUUUAAACGUGAUUAAAUUAAUCAGCAAAUUGUUUGACUUGCAAUGUUAAUUUCUGCAGUUAAAGCAAUAUGAUUGAUAACGAAAUGCAAUAAAGAUUAUCA